AUGGAAAGUCCCAAAAGUGGAUCAUCUACUGAAACUCAAGAAUCAAAGUUAUUGCAAUCGUCGGACUUGCCAACGCCAAAACCAAAGCCAAAUAGGACAAAAUCAUUUCAGUCAACGGUUCUUCGAACACAACGAUUGAUGAGUAUUCUCAAAACAAUGAAUACGGUGGGUGAAAUCAAACGAACAUCUUAUAUCGAAUCUAAUGCUAGUGAAAGUGCACAAUAUCAAAGACGUGGUGCUAAAACAUUAGAAAAGGCAACUUCAGACGAAAGUAGUGAAACAUCUAGUAUUUUGCCUGCGUUAAAUCAAACAGGAAAAGCAAAUGAAGCCAUUGCUAGUUCACGUCUAAUCGGUCAACGAUUUAUUAUCCUUCACUAUUCACCGUUUAAAGCUGUAUGGGAUUGGGUAGUUAUUCUACUUGUUUUAUAUACAGGUAUCAUAACGCCCUAUACAAUAUCAUUUCUAUCUGACGAUGAUCAAAAACGAACAACACUAAAUCAAUAUGCUUCUACACGACGAUUUAAUCGAGAACGAACAAGUAUACAAGCUUUAGUUAUCAUUGAUGUACUCGUCGAUUUUAUGUUUAUAUUCGAUAUAUUAAUUAGUUUUCGAACGACAUUUGUUCUAAAAGAAACCAACGAAGUCAUAACAAAUCCGAUAUUAAUUGCGAAACAUUUUGUUAUUGAUUCAUGGAGACGUUUCGCUGCUGAUAUACUCGGUGCACUGCCAUGGGAUAUACUUUUUUUUGGGAAUGGAAGUCAUUGGACGAUACGUCUAGCCAAUUGUUUUAAAUUAGCUCGACUUUUGCGACUUGUUGCAUUCGUUCGAAAUUUCCAAAAAACAGAAUAUCGAUCCGCUGUUUUAUUUCUUUUGAUGCUUCUGUUUGCUAUUGCUGCACAUUGGCUUGCUUGUAUAUUUCAUUUUAUUGCAAUUCUUGAACGACCGAAUUUACAGGUUAAAUAUUCGUGGCUUGACCAUCUGGCUGAUAAAUAUAAAAUGCCAUAUCUUGUGAAUGAUACAUUGAGUGGACCAGAUACAAAAUCAAAAUAUUUAACAGCACUCUUUUUUGCUAUGACUUCCCUGACAUCAGUUGGUUUCGGUAAUGUUGCUGCGAAUACAAAUGGUGAAAAAUUAUUUUCUAUUCUUUCAAUGUUAGCUGGAUCUUUUCUAAGUGCUUCGAUUCUUGGAAGUGUAACAACAAUUAUUAUCAAAUUAUAUCAAGGUGCAGAAGAAUUAAAAGAAAUGAAACAGAGUAUUGAUGAUUUCAUUAAACAUCAUCGUAUUAGUAGACAACUUGCUAAACAAAUGCAAGAAUCAUUUGAUCACGAAUGGAAAAAUACGAAAGGCAUAGACAUGAAUAGUGUAUUGAAAACAUUUCCGGAAUGUAUUCAAGCUGAUAUAUGUCUUCAUCUUAAUCGAGAACUAUUAAAUAAUUGUGCCGUAUUUGAAGAUGCCAGUGAAGUUACACUUCGAGCAUUAGCUCUUCUAUUUAAAUCAACUCAUGUUCCACCUGGCGACACACUUAUUCAUCAAGGUGAUGUUCUCUAUUCAGUUUAUUUUAUACGUGGCGGCCAAAUGGAAGUAGUACAAGAUCAUGAAUCACAAGCUAUACUUGGUCGAAAUGAUAUACUCGGAGAAAAUCCAUGCGAUACUACGACACCAGGAAAGUCUCAAUGCAUUGUCAGAGGUGUAACUUAUUGUACAUUAAAUAAAAUUCAUCGUGAUGAUCUAUUACAUGUCUUUGAAUUAUAUCCUGAUUUUGCAAAAUCAUUUGCAGAACGAUUUCGUGUUACGUUUGAUCUUCGUCAAUGUAAAUUAAUUGAACCGAAACCAUUCUAUAAACUAGAUGAUGAUAUUCAGACACUUAUUCGACAACGUCGACCAAAGUUACAAACAGAACGAGAAUUAAGCAUAAUAAGUGAAGGAGAAGAAGCCACUAGACUUGCUGCAUUACAAUUAUACCGUGGUGUUCAUACGAGUAUUGACGACGUUACACGACGACGUAUUAGUACGAUUGUAGAAUUAUCACCUGAUCAAGCACAUCCAUCAGCUGAAGAAUUGGACUAUAGUAAGAAACAGCCGCGAAUGUCACUAACACCAUUAACUCGUGGAACUUUAACUAGGGUAUUGUCUACUAUUGCUGAAAUGCCAAAAACAGCUAAAACUAAUGUUCUAAACAUGCAAGAUAGCGUAGAAGAAAAACUAUCAAUAACAACGGAAACACAUUUUGUAACAGAUAAGCCAAAGCCAAUACUAAAAUAUGAAAUAGCUCCAGUAAGAAGUAUGGCUGAUGUCGAUGCGGAAUUGUCUUUUCUUCAAAGUCGCUUUGAUAGUUUAGAGCGAACAAUGGAAAAUAAAAUGAAAUUAUUGUUGGAGUUUGCAAAUGCUGUUCAAUUAGUACUAGUCAUAUUUUACAAAGAUGAGGCAACUACUGUAUCCGGACAGAGUACUGUAACAACCUCGGUGAUUAACCUUAAAACUUUACCACCGACAUCAUCACAAGCAACGGAAACACUUCAUCAUCAUCAUCAAACAUAUCGUAAAGCAGCAAUCGGCAAAAGUACUUUGAACAAGACUGAUGAACAUUGCCGUUCAUUGUUUAAUCUUUUACCCAUUUCACUUCGGCCUCGUCAACUACAUCAAACUUCAAAUAACAAAGGCGUUGGUGCUUCAACAACAACACAAAUAUCACAAUCAAUCGAUGUAUUGGGAGCUGAUUACGAUUCUGGUUAUAUGUCUCAAAGCGUUUUAAAUCGUACACCAUCGUAUACAUCAUGUUAUUCAGCAGUAGCAACAACUGUUCCCGUGCCAACAACAAAUCGACAUGGAUCAAUUGAAAGUUUAUUACAUGGACAUUCUAAAUCAAAUCCAGCUCAUAUACGCGUUCUUAUACGAAAAAAUUUUGAAUCAUUUGCGCAAGCUCAUAUUUCUGUGACAAAAGGUACUAUUGCUACUGCUCUAUUUGCACGUGGCCCAUGGCUUUAUAUACGUUUGGAGUCCAAUGGCGGUCAAACAGGAUAUAUUCCACGUAUCAUAUGUUCAUUGUAUAAAAAUCGAAUAGUGUCAGAUGAGAAAAAAAAUCAUUAUCAAACUAAUCGUCAUUAUCAUCUAUCAUUAUCAUCAACAGAUUCAGUAUCAAAUAAAGAAGAUGAACUGGAUUUAACUGUCUUACCAAUACCUAAUGAUGCAUAUUACAUGUACACAUAUAAACAGAAAAAAGAACAACAGAUGAAUCGUUAUCUAUCUCAUAGUUCAAAUGUUAUUAAUGAUGAACCGAAAUCGAAAGAAUAUUCAAAUAAGCGUUCUGUACAAACAAAUCUCAUCGGACGUGAAAGACGCAAUACAUGUACAUUAGUACCACCGUUAAUAAAUUUAUCCAGAGAUCGUCGAUUAACAGUCAAUCCAAUUAAUUGGCCUAUACAAACGACAAACUGUGAGCUUGUUGGUAUUCAUCAAAUAAAUGAUAUAUCAACAGUGAAUAAUAAUGUGACAAUACCACCACCACCACCACCACAAAGAGAUACAGAUUCUUCCAGUACACAAGAUUCCGGUUAUUCAGAAUCAGCAUCGUAUUUUCUCGUUCAACAGGCAACAUCUGAUACGGAACAAAUAUCAACAGUAACCAAUACUCCAAAAAAAUCGACUUCAUCACCUCAUUAUGCUACUGUUCGACAUGCAACUCGACUUAAAAUUCCUGAUACAACGAAUACACAUCAUAGUUCUCUGCGUCGUAACCAGCAACAAACAGCACAGUCUACUCGUCCUCUUCAAUAUCGACAUACACUGGUAAAUGGUUUACCCAUAAAUACGAUGCUAGCUAAUAAUUUGAGUAAACGUCAUUCAUUUGGUGCAUUUUAUAUAAAUGACAAUAAAAAUUAUGAUCAUUCGUCGACAAAAUCUGUUAAUACAAUCACAAAUGGUUUUCACACACGUUCAAAUGAUUAUACUGUAAUAAGAAAUGCUCGCCGUGAGAAAACCGAUCUUUAUCAACAAACAAAACCUUCUAUACAUAAUCUACCUGAAAGUUACCAACAAAUCCCGGCAAGUAUUUUCCUACAUCAUCAUCGUCAACAACAAAAGCAACAAUUUGGUAGUUCACAUAGUGCAUUUCGACCUGUACAACCGACAACAAAAUCGAAGCGUGCGUCAAGUGAAGGUCAUUCACCUUCACGUGAACGUCAUUCACCUUCACGUGAACGUCAAAUAACGUCGCCAGCAAUAUCUAUAUCAUCAUCAUCCCUAUCAUCCUCGGCUUCAUCUUCAUCAAAUUUGAAACGAAUGUGUCUACUUAAACAAAGACGUCUAUCAUGCGAUAUAUCUAUAAUACCAAUGAUACCACAUACGAAUUCAAAGAGUUUAACACGUUCUGUUUGUGAUCAAACAUCAACAAAAAAACUAAAUAAUUGUUCGCGUACAAUGAGUGAGAUUUUAUGCGAUCAAUUUAGUGAAAUUAAUUUAGAUGCUAUCGAACAAGAUUCACUGACACAGUUGCAAACAAAUAAAAAUGAACAAACAAUGAACAAAACUGUAAAUAUUCAACAAAAUCUAUAUACAAUAACGAAAGAUUAUCGAAGUUCACGUGCUUCAUUUUCUGUUAAAUGUGGUGAUUGUGUUCAUGUAAUUAAACAAGUUGGACGAGCAUGUUAUCUUGUUCGAAAACAAACCAAUGGACAGAUUGGUUUUCUACCUAAAGCCUUAGUGGUACCAACAACAACGAAUAAAGUUGAUACUUUUCUUGAAAUGCAUGGCUAUCGAGAGACAAUUAUUUAA